CGCCGCCGCUCCGGCCGCCCCAUAAGAGGUGCCGCGGCUCCGCCGCUCCCCAUUGUUAGGGCGAGGACGCGGGGAGGCCCCGCUCGGUGGGACCGGCCCAUGGGGACCCUCCGCGCCGCCCCUAUAAGAGGGAAGGGGCUGGAAGAUGCUCCCGGGUGCUGAGCGCUGCGCACCCACCGUACUGAACCGAGUCCAACCGUACCGUCUCCCCGGGGAGUCGCCGGGUACCGCCCACGGAGCAGCGAGCACCGGGACCGGGUACCGAAUACCGGGACCGGGUACAGCUCACGGACACAGCCGAGUACCGGUACGGGGUACCGCGGACGGACAGCCCGACGCCGCGCUCCAGGGACCGGCGAGGGAGCGCCGGGCACCGCACUCCCGACGCCGCACCCCGGACACCGGGCACCGGUUUGGCAGCCCGGUGCCGGCGUCGGUGCCGGUUCGUCCGCCCGGCGCUCCCCGCUUCUUCCCACGGCCGCCUUCAUCGGAGCCGCCCGCCCUACCCGCGCCCCGCGCGUCCGGAAACACGCGUGGAUGUAGCGGCCGGGCCGGGGGCUCCGCGGCACCAUAAAUACCCCGGCGGCCGCUCGCCCGCGCACUUUGCCGGGGCCUCCCGGUGCCGGAGCCAUGAGAACCGCCGCGCUGGGGCUGGCGCUCCGGGCGCUCUGGGCUCUGGCCCUCUCCUCCCUCUCCAACACGCUGGCGGUGAACAACAGCGGGAGGUGGUGGGGCAUCAUCAACGUGGCCUCGUCCACCAACCUGCUGACCGACUCCAAGAACGUGCAGCUGGUGCUGGACCCCAGCCUGCAGCUGCUGAGCCGCAAGCAACGCAAGCUGAUCCGCCAGAACCCCGGCAUCCUGCACAGCGUCAGCUCCGGCCUCCAGACCGCCAUCAAGGAGUGCAAGUGGCAAUUCCGCAACCGCCGCUGGAACUGCCCCACCUCCCAGGGUCCCAAUAUCUUCGGCAAAAUCGUCAACCGGGGCUGCCGGGAGACAGCGUUCAUCUUCGCCAUCACCAGCGCCGGCGUGACGCAUUCGGUGGCGCGGUCCUGCUCGGAGGGCUCCAUCGAGUCCUGCACCUGCGACUACCGGCGCCGCGGUCCCGGGGGGCCUGACUGGCACUGGGGGGGCUGCAGCGACAACAUUGACUUCGGGCGCCUCUUUGGGAGGGAGUUUGUGGACUCCAGUGAGAAGGGCCGUGACCUGCGCUUCCUCAUGAACCUGCAUAAUAACGAGGCUGGGCGCAUGACGGUCUUCUCAGAGAUGCGCCAGGAGUGCAAGUGCCACGGCAUGUCGGGCUCCUGCACCGUCCGCACGUGCUGGAUGCGGCUGCCCACUUUCCGCGCCGUGGGUGACGUCCUGAAGGACCGCUUCGACGGCGCUUCCCGCGUCAUCUACGGCAACAAGGGCAGCAACCGGGCGUCGCGGGUAGAGCUGCAUCACCUGGAGCCCGAGAACCCGGCUCACAAACCCCCCUCGCCCCAUGACCUCGUCUACUUCGAAAAGUCACCCAAUUUCUGCACCUACAGCGGGAAGACGGGGACGGCGGGCACGGCCGGGCGCUUCUGCAACAGCUCCUCGCCGGGGCUGGAUGGGUGCGAGCUGCUGUGCUGCGGGCGCGGGUACCGCACGCGCACCCAGCGCGUCACCGAGCGCUGCAACUGCACCUUCCACUGGUGCUGCCACGUCAGCUGCCUGAACUGCACCAACACCCAGGUGCUGCAUGAGUGCCUGUGAGCCCCCCAGGGACCACCCUGCCCAGCCCCGGAGGGGGUCUGCGCCACCCCCCAUGACGGGUGCCCAGCUGGAUUGAAGGCGCCCAUGGGUGGGCGUGUGGCUGCGCCCCAGGGACCCCCGUCCCAUUCCGGGUAGAGCGACCGCCCCAGGGCCAGCAGCCAGCCUGGGUGGGCUCGGUGCCACGCACCUUCCCGGCCGCCUCCUCGGCCAUUCCGGCUGUGUGGGGUCCCCUUUCUCACUGUAAAUAAAAUAUUUAUUGUGGACAGUUUGAUGCCGCCCCCGCCCCGCGCUUCGCUGGCCCCAGGCCCUGUUUUUUAUAAUGAAAGAUAAUAAUAAUUAAUAAUAAUUAAUAAUAAUAAUAAUAAU